UAUAUAUAUUGAUGCACAUACGUGCGCUUUCCCCUAGAAAGAUUAUUAAAUUUCAAACGUUUUCAUUAUUUUAAAAGAUGUCGGUCUUUUUACGAUUUCAAAAAUGGACUGUCGUAGGUUUAGGUGCUUUAAGUGGUGCAGCAUUAUUUUAUUACAAUGCCUAUGGUGAUUGUGAAUCCUCUUGUGUACAAAACUCUUGGACAACAAAUUUCACGCCUUCUGUAAAGUGGGAUCAUAACUGGGACAGACGAGAUCCAAAAAGUUUGGUAAAGCCUUUGAAAAUAAAUAAUGAAAUAGAUGAAAAUAAAUACAAUGAAGAAUUUGCAGCAAAAAGAGCUAAACAUAUAAGGCAUUUGGUACUUAUUAGACAUGGACAAUAUAAUACUGCAGGAAAAGUAGAUUCUGAAAAAGUUCUUACUGAACUUGGUCGACAUCAAGCUGAAACAACUGGGAAAAGAUUAGCAGAAUUAGAUGUAUCUUAUUCUUUAAUAGUUAGAUCAACAAUGACAAGAGCUCAAGAAACUUCUAAAAUAAUAGAAAAAAGUCUUCCAAAUGUACCAACUGAAGAUGAUAGUCUUUUAACUGAAGGUGCACCUAUUCCACCUGAACCGCCAAUAGGCAAUUGGAUGUCAGAACGAUAUUUUUACCAGGAUGGACCUAGAAUAGAAGCAGCAUUCAGAAAAUAUUUCCAUCGAGCAGAUCCUAAGCAAGAAAAAGAUACUGUUACUAUUCUUGUUUGUCAUGCAAAUGUUAUCAGAUAUUUUGUUUGCAGAGCUUUACAAUUUCCUCCAGAAGCUUGGAUGCGCAUGUCUUUAAAUCAUGGAAGCAUUACUUGGUUGUGUAUAUAUCCUAAUGGAAGAGUAACAAUGCAUUGUCUUGGAGAUACUGGUCAUAUGUUACCUCAAAACAUUUCAUAUUUCCAGAUGCGAAGAAAAUCAUGAAAGAAAUUAAAUUUUGUAUUUAUAAAAGUAUUUCUACAGUGUGUGUAUAUGUAAGAUUCACACUUUUUUCUGUUAAAUGUAUAUGAGGAUGAAAAUAUGAAACGUGUUGGAAUGUUUCAUGUAAUAUGGAAAUGAAUUAAUUGUCUACGAUUUUUUAUGUCUAUUAAGACAUUUUAUUUGGCAGUGUAAAAAUAUACAAACAUGUAUUAAGUAAACAUAAUUGUAGCUUUUAUACAGGUGAAUAUAAGAAAUUUUUCUAUGUA